AUGGCCACCAACGGCGUCAAUGGCACCAGUGCCUACGCACUCCCCAAGUCCCACCAGGACUUGAUGGAGAAGUCCCUCGUCGAGACGGACCCUGCCAUCGCCGAGAUCAUGGAGAAGGAGAUCAAGCGUCAGCGAGAGUCCAUCCUGCUCAUCGCCUCCGAGAACGUCACCUCGCGUGCCGUUUUCGACGCUCUCGGCUCGCCCAUGAGCAACAAGUACUCUGAGGGCUACCCCGGUGCCCGUUACUACGGUGGCAACGAGCACAUUGACGAGAUUGAGCUUCUGUGCCAGAAGCGUGCUCUCGAGACCUUCCGCCUCGACUCGGAGAAGUGGGGUGUCAACGUCCAGUGUCUGUCCGGCUCCCCAGCAAACCUCCAGGUCUAUCAGGCCAUCAUGAGGCCACACGACCGACUGAUGGGUCUCGACCUGCCACACGGUGGCCAUUUGAGCCACGGCUACCAGACUCCCACCAGGAAGAUCUCUGCUGUGUCCACCUACUUCGAGACCUUCCCCUACCGCGUCAACCUCGAAACCGGCAUCAUCGACUACGACCGACUUGAGGAGAAUGCCCUCAUGUACAGGCCAAAGGUGCUGGUGGCUGGUACUUCAGCAUACUGCCGUGAAAUUGACUACAAGAGAAUGAAGGAGAUUGCGGAUAAGGUUGGCGCCUACUUGGUGAUGGACAUGGCACACAUCUCUGGUCUGGUCGCCGCUGGCGUUAACAAGUCACCUUUCGAGUACGCAGACAUUGUCACCACCACCACCCACAAGAGCUUGCGUGGCCCACGAGGAGCCAUGAUCUUCUUCCGCAAGGGCGUGAGAAAGACCGAGGUGAAGGCUGGCAAGGAGGUGCAGGUUCUGUACGACCUUGAGGGCCCGAUCAACUUCUCCGUCUUCCCAGGUCACCAGGGUGGCCCACACAACCACACGAUUACUGCUCUCGCCGUCGCUCUCAAGCAGGCGCAAUCGCCCGAUUUCUUGAAGUACCAGGAGCAGGUCAUCAAGAACGCGAAGCAGCUCGAGGUCUCGUUCAAGAACAAGGGCUACAGGCUGGUGACCGAUGGUACCGACAACCACAUGGUUCUCCUCGACCUCAAGCCCAAGGGUCUCGACGGUGCUCGUGUUGAGGCUGUCCUUGACCAAGUCAACAUUGCCUGCAACAAGAACACCACUCCAGGUGACAAGUCUGCCCUCACUCCACAAGGUAUCCGCAUUGGCGCUCCAGCCAUGACCAGCCGUGGCAUGGGCGAGAAGGACUUUGACAGAAUCGCCGACUACAUUGACCAGUGCAUUCAGCUCGCCACCAAGAUCCAGUCUGAGCUGCCAAAGGAGGCCAACAAGCAGAAGGACUUCAAGGCCAAGGUCGCCGAGGGCGUCAAGAUCCCAGAGAUUGCGGCGCUCAAGCAGGAGAUCGCAGGGUGGGCCAGCACCUUCCCUCUGCCAGUCUAG